AUGAAGACACGAGAUAAAAGGAUUGUUCUUGUGUGGUUUUCUUUCAUAAUAUGCAAUGUUGAUAUUACUGUCUCCACAAAAGACUCAUGGAACUGGUUUGAAGCUCAACAACAUUGCAGCCAUACUAAUGAUACCCUGAAAACCAAUGAUGUAACUUUGAACUCUUUCCAGCACUGGACUGGUUUUUAUCGGCGAUAUUCACCCUGGAUAAAACUUUUAGGGUGCUACGAUUCAAAAGUCGUCAAUGAACAUAGAACUUACAACUUUUAUUUCAACUUUACAUCAGCAGGUUUCUGUCGAGAGAUAUGUGCAUCUGUAAAUUUGACUCAUUUUGGAAUUCAGCUAAAAGAAUGUGUCUGCUUUGAAGGCCCCGUUUUUGCGGAGACUAUUCCAUCAAAUCAAUGCAAUAGUUUAUGUUAUGAUGUUGGAGAUGAAGGGGGCAUUAAAUUUUUAGAAUGUGGAGGACCAAAUGCUUAUACUCUAUAUACUUCAGAAGACGACAACGUUAAAAGAAGAACAGCUUGUCUUGCAGUAAACUGUGGUGCAGUGAAGAAGUUUUCAAAUUCUUCUAAUUGUUCAGAGUCAUACUUUGGAGCCUGCGUCUAUAAAGGGUACCUAGGAUGCUUUCAAGACCAACCAAAGCGAACCUUAUCAGGAAACUUUACACAUUCCUUUUAUUUGACUGUAGAAUUCUGUAGGACGUAUUGUACAGAUUACCAAUUCUACGGAGUUGAGUAUGGUGGAGAAUGUUUCUGUGGGAACUUUUUUACAUCCUUUAUCAGAAAGCCUGAAGGAGAAUGUAAUAUGACAUGUCAUUGGGACAACAGUCAAAUCUGCGGCGGAGGCAACCGCAUCAACAUCUACAGUAAUUUGAACUACGAGACAGAGAUAAAAACGAACUGGAUAUCAUCAAUGCAGAUUUGUAAAACCCGGUCCCCUCCGUCUUACUUGAUUGGAAACGUCUCCCUAACUGAUGCAACGAUGGCCUGUAAACAACUGCAUGGGACACAGAGAGGGCUAUCCUGGCUAAGCAUCGCAAAAGAAAUGUAUACUGGAUAUGAUCGAGGUGUUGCUGUUGAUAUCGAUGAAAGAGAAACGUUUUAUCAGUGUCAGAAAUGUAACCAGACUGGCUGUGAAUAUAUUGAUUGUUUCAAAAAGCUGAAUUAUCUAAUUUGUGAAAAGGAAUCGGGUAUUGAAAUACCUCAAAAUAGAAUGACAUAUUCAAAUAUAAAUUUCCGUACCAUCAUUCCUUUAUCCUUGGUCGCAGUCAUUCUUUUCGGCUGUUUAGUAAUGGGAAUGGUUUGCUAUAAACGCCGGAGGUCAAAUCAAGAGAACAAGAAGACGGCACCAAAUCUUGCGAAUCUCAAUGAAAAUUUUUAUGCAAAUGAAGCUCAUGCCCUGGACAUGUAUCAUGCAAAAAUUCAGGAAAACUUUUAUGAUAACUAUCAGGAGUCUUUUGAUAGAGUAUAUGACCAUCUGAGAGAUAUUGAGACAAGGACACACAAACCAGAGAACUUUUAUGACCAUGCUACAGUUGUUGCAGAGCAGGAAUACGCGUACGGAGGCUAUAAACUCCGUUUUGAAGGAAAACAACAACAGUUAGAGGAGAGUACUUAUGACCAUACUGCGUCUAUUUCUGAUUCUAGAUAA